AUGUGUCACGACGAAUAUACAACAGCAACUAUUCCGGCCAGAGCAAGUUUCUGUUUCCAGUGUGGCGUCUGGAGGAAUAGCGAGAUGGGUUUGAGAAUGCAUGUGCUUCAACAUGUUAAGGAGCCGAGCAUUACGUACGGACCUAUCAUGAUAGACAGCGGGCUCAGUGCAGUGUCCCCACCAGACAUGCAAGGGGCAGGACAUGGGCAUGCGGGAUUUCACCCUACACCUCCAGCAUACGCAUGGGAUACAAAUAAGCUAAGGAGCUAG